AUCAAUGCUAACGCUGGGAAGAAGCUGAAAUAAUGACUAAAAUAAUAUAACUUGCCUCAAUAAUACGGACUAACGAUAAUCGCCAUUUCACAUACAGUCUGACUUUUGGCCAUGGCUACACGAGAGAUUCGCCAGUACCGCCACGCCGCGAUGUUGAUCAAGCAGGACGACGACUCCGAUGCCGAAGAAUCGAUCGUCGUGUUAAGGAAACCGGACGGCCGCGAGUCGCAGAUCAUCCACAGCGGUCAUUUUAUGGUGUCUUCUCCUCAUACCGAUCAUCCACCGAAGAAGGGCUACGAUUUCGAUACCGUCAAUAAACAAACAUGUCAGACGUAUCACUUCGGAAAGACGAGCACGUCGCAUCUGUCCAUCGACGCUUCUCUGACGAAACUUUUCGAGUGUAUGACCCUUGCGUACAGUGGGAGGUUAGUUUCACCGAAAUGGAAAAACUUCAAAGGACUAAAGCUGUUGUGGAGGGACAAGAUUCGGCUGAACAAUGCUAUCUGGCGAGCCUGGUACAUGCAAUAUGUAGAGAAGAGACAGAAUCCUGUUUGCCAUUUUGUAACACCUUUGGAUGGCAAUAUGGACUCUGGAGUCCAUCGACCAACAGAGGCGAUUGCAACAGAAGGAAAGUAUUGGAAAAGAAGAAUUGAAAUUGUCAUCAGAGAGUAUCAUAAAUGGAGAACAUACUUUAAAAAAAGGUUACAGAGGCACAAGGAUGAAGACCUUUCCAGCCUUCUCACGGGAGCGGAGGAACAGUUGUCACUCUUUGGAGAAGUGUGUCCAGACACCUGCCGUAUCCCCUUCUACCAGGAUGAGGACGCCAGCAGUCGACGCUACUCCCGCAGGAGUCGGGAUUCACCCGUUCCCAUGGAGAUGGACAUGCUUUUUGACAUGGAUGUGCUGAUGUCUGAAUUCUCGGACACUCUGUUCUCCACGCUGGCCUCGCAUCAGCCUGUGGCCUGGCCAAAUCCUAGGGAGAUUGCUCAUGCAGGGAAUGCAGAUAUGAUCCAGCCUGGCCUUAUUCCCCUGCAGCCCAAUUUGGACUUCAUGGACACCUUUGAACCUUUGCAAGAUUUGUUUCACACCCUGCGUCCACCUGCCUUCCCCUCCACUUCCCCCACUGCCCUACCUGUCACCCCUAUAACCAGCAGCAGUUCCCAAACACAGGUGUCCUUACUUCCUCUUUCCACGGAGCUUUCUUCAGUGCCCUUGGACUACCGCCUCAUCACCUCUGUACCAUUGCCCAGCCAUCUCUCAGCAGCCAAUCAAAACACUGAUAACUCUGUUGGUCCCUCCUACCAACAGAAUUACAUGCCUCUCUUCACAGAACAAGUCAACAAUACCGUCAUGCCUCCAACAGCUCCGCCCCUCUCUCCAGGACCCCACCAUCCACAGUGUUCAGGUGUUUCUACAGAAACUCCCGCCCCUCAGCCCACUCCAAACAUUGCACCUCCGUCCGUCAUUACGCACAGCGCACCCUCCACCGUGACUCCUACUGAUGCUGCCACUUCCUUCAGGUCAAACUUUGAGUUGCCCAGUACAGCAUCUCCUCAGUCUGGGGUCUCAAAGCCCCUAAACUUUGCACUACCGAAACCCGUCCUCCCUCCUGCCUCUAACAAAAAGAGCAGACAUGCACAGAGGCCGAUCAUUCCGGCCAAUCGGCUGCCGUCUUCUCAACUUAUACUCACAGGUCCUACAAGCGCUGUUAUUGUUACUCCGUCCCUCAACAAUGAUGUUGUCUCCACCACUGGUAUGGUCCUCGCCACGCCCAGUAUAUCUUGUGGUUCUGCUGGAUUUCACAUUCUUCCUCAAACCCAGAAGUCUCCUCAACUUAUCGUGCCCAAAGAGGAAAGCACUUCAACCGUGUCCAACAGUAAAACAUCAACACAGUCUGCGACAGGGCUUGAUGGACGGGUGUCAGGUCAAGGGUCACCUUUAGGAGCAGAACAGGUGCCGAGCCCUCAGUCACCUCUCAACAGCAGCACGGGUUUGGCUAAAAGUGAAUGCAGUCAGAGUCGGAGAGUAAGUCACAUAUCGGCUGAGCAGAAGAGAAGAUUUACCAUCAACGUCUGCUUUAAGACGCUGUGCGGUCUGGUGCCCACCCUCAAACCACAAUCAAAUAUCAGUAACGCGGCCACACUUCAAAAGACCGUUGAAUACAUCAGCAAGUUACAGUUGGAGAGACAACAGCUGCUGGAAGAGACAAAGAGACUAAGAGAGGAGAUUGAAGACCUCAACACAUCUAUAAACAUAUGCCAGGAACAGCUGCCUGCCACAGGGGUUCCCGUCACACGCCAUCGCUUUGAUCAUAUGAAGGAAAAGUUUGAGGACUAUGUGAAGAGCAGAACCCUUCAGAACUGGAAAUUUUGGAUUUUUAGUGUCAUCAUUCAACCUCUGUUUGAGUCUUUUAAUGGGACGGUGUCGACCACCAACCACACAGAACUAUGUGAGACCACAAUGCAGUGGCUGGACCGCUACUGCGCUCUCCCUGUCCUGAGACCUAUGGUUCUCAGAACGCUCCGUCAGCUCUGCACCAGCACCUCCAUCUUGACAGACCCCUCACUUUUACCUGAGGAGGCCAAACAGGCCGCUCUCCACAGCCAAAAACAUUCCUCAGGACCUCAGCCUUAAUCCAACAACCGUUUGGAGGUUUUGAUGAUCUGAACAACUUUUAUCCAGACGUAUCAUCCUCGUGAGCCUUGAAGACACGUGAUGCCUUUAGCACACCGUGUGCUGUGCUCAGGUCUGUGUUGUUACUCAGCUGAUGGGAAGUGGCGACGAAUUCUUUGACUUUUCAUUAAAGGUGUUUUGGGAUGAGAGAUGGAGAUCUUUAGGUACAUUGCACUAUAUAGAGAGAACACUGUUACAAACUGAGAAAUCUUCACACAGUUGAUAUAAUAGGUAAUAAUAACAGCUUUCGAAAAUAACAAGAGUAAGCUAUAUUAAAAGACGAGGGCUAUUUUUCUUUUAACGGUAGGCUGCUGUUUUUUAGAAAAGAGUUGUGUGAAGAUUCUUCAGAAAUCAUUCAUUUACGGUAAGUACCUAAUGCCUUUUUUACGAACUUUUCUUUUGCAUUAGAUGUAAAACAAAAAGACUUGACUCUACGUUUUGAUCUUAUCCUCUAAUGACCCAUCGUUGAACACUGCAGUCAUAUCUGAAAUGCUUUUUCUGUUUAUGAGAUUUCAUUAUGAGUUGUUGCCUUUGAAUUCGUUUAUGGGGUUUUUGACUGUACCUCAGGUGGUGUUACAAUGUAUUUAGAGUUAUUUUUUACUUUUUUUAAAUCCUGAGGCGUGUGUCUAGCAAAAAAAUUGCAUUAUUCGCAACAAACUUCUCCCAAACAGAACUACGUUAGCCCAGGAUGAGUUACAUACAAUUUGUGAUGCACCUUACAGUGAGUAAAGAGUAAAGCUACAGUACCUCAGCAAGUGAAUAAUCGUUUAUGCAUGCAUGCAUUUUGAGUUCAUAUGUGUCUUAAUGUCAAACGUCUGUUUUUAAGAGUAUUCAUUAAAUUCAACUCUUGGCUCUUAAUGUUCUGCAUUGGCUUUGAAAUCUGGAGUUAUGUAAAAUGUUUGUUUGCAAGUUGGGUCACUUGUAAAGGUUUUCAUUGCAUAAAGUUAUUUAAAGGA